UCUUUGUACUGGUGCAGGAAGCAACAAGGUAGGAGUUUAUCAAACAUGGGGGUCGAAUAUUAGUGAGGAAAUCCCAGCAAAAGAUCAAACCCCGUGAAAAACAUUGGAUUUCAUGUUCAACUGAGAUCCUUUCUGUUUACCAAUGGCACUAUUUGUAUGGGAUUGUUUGCUCUGUUUGCUCCCAUACCUCUUUCUCUUCCUGCUGUGCCUGGUUGUCCGCUGGGCCGCCAUACGUCACUGGACAGGGCGACCUGUGAGGACUGAAGAAGAACCCAGGCUCAUCUGCAAACCCACCGCAUUGGCCAAAUAUUUGACUCAGCACUGUGGCUCUCUGGCCAGGGCGAGACUGGCUCCCUGGCCCAAAGGGGACCCCCACGUCCAGACUCUGUGCAGCCUGCUGUGUGAUCAACUUGAGGACACGAUACAGUUCACAAGAGAGAACCUGCUACUGCGAGAUGGGGGGAUUGUAGCCUUGGAUUGGGCUGUGGGCACAAGAUGGGGUGAGAAGGUUGCGAGGAAAAGGUGGGACGGCAGGAAGGAACAUCAACUGGGGGGAAAGACCCUCGGCUGCUUCACAUCGACACCUCCUGUCCUCCUCCUCAUCCCUCAGUCAUGGGUGGGGAUGACGCCCCACUUAAAGGCACUGGCCCAUCAGGCAAUGCGUCAGGGCUUUUAUGUUGCAGUGUUUCACCACCGCGGCACGGCGGGAUGCCCGCUGACCACAGCACGACUGACUGAGUUUGGAGACCCAACUGAUCUUGAGCAGGUGGUGAAUUAUGUCCACAGCUGCCACCCGUCCUCUGUGCUGGUGGCAGUGAGUGAGGGCUCAGGUUCAGGUGUUCUCCUCUCUUACUUGGGUGAAUGUGGAUCGAACACAUACCUGACAGCAGCUGCAGCCAUCUCACCUGUGCUUCUGGGCCAACUGUGGUUUGAGACACCCAUGCCUGUCAUGUAUCGCUGGGGGGCGCUGUUUCUCCGCAAAUUGCCGCUCAGAAGAUACACAAAUUCCUUCAGAGCAGUCGUGGACGUGGACCAGGCUCUCCGCUCUUCCUCCCUCAGAGACUUUGAAGAAACUCUGUUCUGCUCUUCAGCCCAGAAUCAGCACCAAUUAACAAAUAAUUUAAACUCGAGACUGAACCCAGGUCCUCAUCACACUUGGGAUGUGGCGCCCUCGGCAGCGUGGAUGCUGGGCGAAAGGGCUUUCCCGGCUAAGGACUGGGACAGCUACUGGGAGAGGAAUGAACCACUAAGGGAUGCAGAUGAGGUGGCCGUGCCGGUGCUCUGUAUCUGCAGCAGUGACGACCCUCUCCUCCCACAUGUCAACACUUUACCCAUCCCUCUUUUCCAGAGCAACCCUUACUUCUUUCUGGCGUUGACGGACAGAGGAGGGCACUGUGGAUUCACCACUGAAGACCACGAAACGGGAGAGAGGAGCAAUAAUGAGGAGGUGGGUGGAGGUUUCUGGAGUCACACUGCUGUUCUGGAGUAUUUCAGAGUGGUGGCUGAUUUCCUAAAAGGUGAGGAGAGGAUUUGGGUGAGCUGCGGUGAUGCACAAGGAGAAUAUGCUGGUCAGGCUGGGCAGAGGAACAGGACCAGUGGCAGAGGCUCUCCUCGCAGAAGGAGAACCUCGGUUAUGAGGAGACCAAGACCACAGGAGACUGGAUCCAGCAACCUAGAUGCUGUGGAAGGGACCUUCACCUGGAAGAGGUCCUAUACACGCUGAGGAGAAAGAGAUACUUGAGGAUGACAACAGCAGAGAAAGCUUUCAUCCUUGUGGACAAUUCUCCUGUGACUGUGAUUUGAACAUCAGGGGUAAAACUUCAAAAUAAAAGUGUUUUGCUUCACACAGUUUCUGUAAAUUGAGCAAGAGCAUAGAG